AUGUGGCAACAACAGUUUCCAGAUCUAGCUUCACACCAAAGCUGGCUGAGUUAUGUUUCUGCUCAACCAGCGAGGGCUUUCUUCGUUUUUGGUGAUUCACUCGUAGACAGUGGCAACAAUGACUUCUUGGCUACCACUGCACGCGCAGAUGCUCCCCCUUAUGGCAUCGACUUCCCAACACACCAACCCACUGGACGCUUCUCUAAUGGCCUAAACAUCCCUGACAUAAUCAGUGAACAGCUUGGCUUGGAGCCUACACUGCCAUAUUUGAGCCCUCUACUUAUCGGAGAGAAACUCCUAGUUGGUGCCAAUUUUGCGUCUGCGGGGAUUGGAAUUCUCAAUGAUACCGGAUUUCAGUUUCUCCACAUCAUUCACAUCUACAAGCAGCUGAAGCUAUUCGCACAUUACCAGCAGAGGUUAAGUGCGCAUAUUGGUGCUGAGGAAGCUUGGAAGCAUGUAAACCAAGCACUAGUUCUCAUCACUCUUGGAGGAAACGAUUUUGUGAACAAUUAUUACCUGGUCCCCUAUUCAGCAAGAUCUCGCCAGUUUUCUCUCCCAGACUACGUGACCUAUAUUAUAUCUGAGUACCGCCUAAUUCUGAAGAGGCUGUAUGAUUUGGGAGCUCGUAGGGUUCUUGUAACGGGCACGGGACCAAUGGGGUGUGUGCCAGCAGAGUUGGCCUUGAGAAGUGGAAAUGGUGAGUGUGACGUGGAGCUGCAGAGAGCUGCGUCCUUAUAUAAUCCACAACUUGUUGAAAUGGUCAAAGGAUUGAACCAAGAGAUCGGUGCUCACGUCUUCGUCGCUGUAAACGCAUAUGAAAUGCACAUGGAUUUCGUCAACAACCCUCGAGCUUAUGGUACGUUCACUUCACUAUUAUUGGUAGGUAGUGAUGCUGGUUGGAACAAAGGGUUGGUUAUUCGGGUUUUGAAUUUUUGGUGUGUACUUGGUCCAACAGGAUUUGUUACAUCAAAAAUAGCUUGCUGUGGACAAGGCCCGUACAAUGGGGUGGGACUCUGCACAACCAUUUCCAACUUGUGUCCAAAUCGAGAUCUAUAUGCGUUUUGGGAUCCAUUUCACCCAUCGGAGAGAGCUAACCGAAUCAUAGUCCAACAGAUGCUGACUGGCUCGGUCGAGUACAUGCACCCCAUGAAUCUUAGCACCAUCAUGGCCAUAGAUUCCAGGAUGGUGCCAGAACCAGUGCAGUUCCCAACUCUUGCGACCUUAAUUUCCAAUACAACUACGUUAUUCAUGUAA